AUGGAUUUUAAACAGCGGAAUACAAACGACACUGAUCCCAUCGCAUCAGCAAUAGAUUUUUCAUCAUUAUAUUCAGCCAUACAUCAUGAUUAUGAGGGGAACAACAUUUCGAAUAUAAUCACGCAAUUAUUACAUAUAUAUCAACCAAAAGAUGGCAUUAAUGCAUAUGAACAUGUGCUGAGAAAAGUUCAAGCUUUACUAGAAGAUUGUGGUUUCCAAAAAAAGCAGCUAUUGCUUUCAAUGAUUCCUCCUCCAGAUAAUACAUCAGACAAAACGAUUAAAGAAGUGUUUCGUACAAUUACAGGUUUUACUAAAGUCAAUCUGCAGGAAAACAGCAAUACAUUUCAAAAUAUAUCUGAUAUUAAAAAUAUGGAUGGAGUAAAUACGGAUGUUUCAUCACCAAAGCAAAAUUUUUUAUGCGAUAAGAAUACGUCGAAUUUCAAGUCGUCACUUUCCGAAGCUUUUCCUUUCCGAGGUUUUUCCGAGAGCGAGAUUUCUAUGAUUCCCAGUCAUAUAAAAAAUGCAGUUUCAUCAAAUCAUCUAAAUAAUUCAAAGAAUUGGCUGGAGAGAAAUAAGUAUCAAAUGCCGUCUUAUCGACAAUAUCUACUUAAUAAAAAGUAUUAUGUGCCGGCUGAAAUUAAUAUGCAUAAUAAUACCAUUGCUGAAUCACAUCCUUGUCACUUGUCUCAGACGGUAUAUCGGGAUACACGCUCGACGAAGACGAGUAACAAUACUGAGAUAAUAGCAGAUUUAUCGCAAAAUAAGAUUUCCCAACAAUUUAAUGAAGUUAAAUACAAAUAUAAAAAAUAUGAAGAUGCAUUUGAUAAAAAUAAAAAAUCUGGCAUUUCACAUAUGAUAAUCGACAUUGGUCAAGACACAACAACUAAGCAGACAAUUAAAGACGAGAUACAUAAAAUGGAUGUGUGUUGCGAUGAAGAUCAGAAUAUUAUCAUAAAUGCGGAUGAUCUUUUACCAACACCUAACGAUAGACUUAAAACAAGCUUGAACAAUUUUUUAAAACGAGCGCAAGAAGGAACUUUCGUUGAAUCGACUUUCCCACGCAUCAUAUCGCAUCCACAGAGCUUCUUGAAUUUGGUAUGUUUUACAUCGAAAGACCCAAAAUCUGGAACACCACCAAAAGUUUUAGAAGAUUUUACAUCUAAUAGCGAUACCAACAGAUGCUUACUUUUAAACAAGCAGAACACAAAUAUUAACAUAGAAAAAAAUCAAAAAGAAUCGGUUGAAAGGACGAAACAAAAAGCUACUUAUGUUAAUGAAUUGCAAAAGAAACACAAUUCUCAGGAAUUUAAUAAAAUAAUUAAAUUACAAUUACAACAAAAUAAUUUAGAUUAUGAUAUGGAAAAGAAAGCGGCUACAUUUGAGUGCAAAAAUAAUACGGAAAAAUCAAGACACGGAUGCGAAACGGUAGAAUUAAAAUCGGAUAAUGUAAAUUCCGCAAACAAUUUUCAAGCUCGUUCAAUGUCUGAACUAGCUGCAUACAAGAAACGAUAUUAUGAUACAUUACUGAAUGCUCAGAAGGCGAAAGUUGCAAUAUCAAAUUCUUUAGCGUCUCCGUCGGGUCAUUUAAUAGCCUAUGAUGAUCCGUAUUAUUCGAAUUACAUGUGCCAGCAGCAACACCUGCUUCAUCAACAGCGUCAUUUGAUGGCGAGACCGCAAUUUUCGACAUAUCCGACGGAUCUAUCCGGAUUAUCGAGUGUACACCGUGAUCAGUACAGUUGGACGAAAUCCAUCUGUAAAUAUUUAUUACUGAAGCAAUUAAGACUUCAACGGCAGACUUCGCCUUUGUAUGCCCGAAAUGAAAGGUAAUACACUUAUGUGCUUAAUAUAAUUGAAAUGUAUCAAAAAUAUGAUCUUUAUGUUCUAUAUUGGAGUCGUAUAUUAUGUGCUAUUUUCUCGAUUUCUUCAUUCUUCAAGAGGCUGGAUUCAUCAUUAUGUUGGACAUGUAUAUCCUUAUUCUUCUAUGUUAAAUGGAAGCGAUCAAAUAAAGUACUGCGUACGUCGUAAAAACUUGGAAAACAUAGUUGGAAAAUUGAAGGAGAUCGAACAUUAAUAGUAUCGAUCUCAAUAAUAGAGCGAUUCUGAUACAUUAAUUCGAUGAAAAGUUCCAUUGAAGUUACACACAAGUGAUAUU